GCAUUUGUUUUAAUUUGACUAGAAAAUGGAAGGAUUAAACAUUCCAGGUUUUGCUAAUAUAUCAUCAAAAGUUUCAGGAUCUUUUCAACAACUUAUUAAAGAUCUCGGAGAAAGCAAGACAAUAACAAGGAGCAGUUAUGUGGGAUUGUUGAAUCAGUUAGAAUGUUGUUCCGCAAACAGAUCAAAUCAUUUUUCAAGAAAUCAGUUAUUUAAAGAAGAAAAUUACUGAGCCUAAAUUAAUUUCGAAGCAACAGAAAGAGAAUCUUAUUCGCCUUUUAUAUUGUCAUAUGCUUGGACAUAAUGUAUCAUUUGCAUGCAUGGAAGUGGUCAAGUUCACUCAACAAAAAAACUUAAUUGAAAAACAAGUCGCUUAUCUUGUACUGGGCAUACUGCUCGAAGAAAAAAAUGAUGUAGAAUGCAUGAUGAGUAUUGGAUCAAUUCAAAGAGAUUUAAAAAGUACAAAUCUUUUGGAGGUGAGUUUAGGCUUGCAGGGUGCUUGUGAACUUGCUACUAAAGAUAUGUUGCAUGCAAUUAUAAACCAAGUUGUGGCUUUGCUAAAACAUAAAAGUGAAAUUGUGCGAAAGAGAGCCAUAAUGACUUUGCUGAAAUUUUACGAAAUAAGGCCUCAAGAUAUAGAUCUAUCCUUGUUUAGCAAUGCAUUAUUAGAUACUGACCCUGGAGUUAUGGGAGUUGCUUUGAAUGCUUAUUUGCUCUUGGUAUAUACAGAUUGCAUGCCAUACAAACACCUUGUUCCAGUUUUUAUUUCAAUCCUGAAGCAAAUUAUUAGUGGAAAAUUACAUAGUGGUUUUAACUUUAAUGAAAUUCCUUCUCCCUGGGUUCAAAUUAAGCUACUUCAAAUAUUAGCUCAAUUGGGAAAAAAUGAUAAAAAUUGCAGCGAGAAAAUGUAUCCUGUUUUGAAUAUGUGUCUUGAAAGUACAAGUAUGCAUGCUGGGAUUGGAUGUGCAGUGACUUAUGAAUGUAUGAAAACAAUAGCUACUAUUUAUCCGGAUAGUUCAUUAAUCAAUUUAGCUAGCAGUAAAGCAGCUCUCUUAUUGACAUCACAAAACUAUAACCUGAAAUAUUUAGGUGUGACAAUUCUGAGUGAAUUAGUAAACAUCAAUAUGAGCUAUGCAUCACAACACCAAAUGGUUGUUAUAGAAUUCUUGAGUGACAAUGACGAAACACUCAAGCGAAAAGCAUUAGAUUUGCUGUAUCGUUUAACCAAUGAACAUAAUGUGAAAGUAGUAUGUGAAAAGUUAACAGAAUAUCUGCAAAAUACUGUAGAUGAUUUUAUUAAAGACAAUCUAGUCAUAAGAAUAUCUACAUUGGCUGAAAGGUAUUCUCCUGACAUAGAAUGGUACAUUGAUAUUAUGACAAAUAUAUUGCAAGUUGGUGGAGAUUCUGUACAAAAAGAUGUGGUGUUGAAUAUGAUGAAAAUAAUUGAAAAAGGUGUUGAUGAAGAUGAUAAUGAGGAAGAUGGAAGUUUAAGUGAUGAUCUUCGUCGUCAUGCUGUAAUCUCUUACAUAAGUUUGCUUGAUAGUGGAACUUCUUUGUCUGAUACAUUCAUUCAGUUAAUAUGCUGGGUUGUUGGCGAGUAUUUCACUUUAGUAGGAGGUUAUAGUGCAACAGAACUGGUGGACAAGUUUUAUGAAUUGCUAGAUUUUCCGUUUAAAGAUCUGGUUACACAAUGCUGGGUUGUAUCAGCUAUAGCUAAAUUAGUAUCUAACUUUGAUGACAUACACAUUAGACCAGUUGAAAAGAUACAUUUUAAGACAAUAGAUGCCAGACAAAGAUAUAUUGAGAUGUGUAAUUUUAAAACAUAUUCAAAAUCAACUAUCUCUUGUAAAUGUAACUUAAAACAGUUUGAUAGUAAUUUACCGUUUCUUGAUGAGUUUGUAAACAGCUGUCUUCAAAAGGGUGUAAAGAGUUAUUCUCCGCAUUAUACUUCAAAGCAGAAAACGGAAGUAUCAUUAGAAAAUGUUGAACUUAUCUAUGAGCACCGAAGUAUAACCCAAAAACCUGAUUCUUCUACUGAAAAAAUAAAAAUGAAUGAAGUUGCAAAAAAAGAAACAAAAAAUAUAAAGAUGUUGAACCCUGUUAAAGAAUUAUGGACUAGAGAAGGUUACAUUGCCAAUAAAAAAGAUUCACAAUCACCAGCUUUAUCAAAUACAGUGAUAUCUGAAGCAAUAUCAGUAUCAACAGAUACACAAUCAGCUUCCUCUAGUCAAAAUAGUUCUGAUGACUCAAAUUCAAAAAUCUUGAUUUCUACACCUUUAGUUCAAAACUUUAUAAUUGACAAAAACAAGCAAGUUUUGGCCCAACAGCUGUUUGGAGCAAUCAGUGACAAUUCGCUCCCUGUUGCAAAAAGUAAAAAAUUUCAAAAGAAAGUGACUACAAAUCUCUUAGAAAUAAGCCAUGAAGAAUCCAUCACAAAGUCUGAAAUCCAAUCAUCAGACUACAUUAGAAACCAGUUUAUUGAUCUUAAGACUGAUUCUGUUAACUUGAUUGAAAGUACAAUGAACACUUCUAUGGUAAUAAGUAAUAAUAUUGAAUGUAAAAAUCUUACAACUGAUUCUGUUAACUUGCUUGAGAGUAAUAAUAUUGAAAGUAAAAAGUGUGAUGCAGAAUUAAAAACAAUCUAUCAGUCUAUUAGCUCCCCUAUGUUUCCUAUCGAACAUUUUAAUGACCAUACCAUCAAUAAAGAGGAAAUAGAUUAUUUAUUACCAAGUGAAACACCUAUGAAUAGCUCAGUAAAUUUAUUAGAUGAUCUUGUUUCACCAAGUUCUUCAUUUGUGCUUGGUUAUUCUCUGAAACAAAAAAAUAAUCUACCUGAAAGAUAUAUCACUUUUAAGAAGUCAGUUAAAAUUACAGAGCUAUCAUUUGAUGUGAAUAUAAGAGUCACUUUGCAAUAUAUAUUUACUAAAAGUGACUUAGCUGUUGUUAUUGAAAUAAUAAAUAAAACAGCGUGUAAACUUACUUCAAUAAAUAUGACAAUUAAACUGCCUGAAAAUUUAACACGUUCUGAAAAGCCCACAGUUUUUGAUUUUGAAGAAUUGUCUGGCAUGGAAUCUCAUGUUUGUGUAGUUGAUAUCCAAUUCCAAUCACCAUCUUUGAAUAUGGUCAUGACUGGAUGUUUAUGCUAUAGAGAUUCUUCAUUUACAGAAAAGAAACAGUUUUUUGAUCACGUUUUUCAGCUUACAACUUUUUUACGGAAGACUAAGAUUGAUUUUGAAAAUUUUAAAGAAAAAUGGAACAACAAAACAUUAUAUGAUAAACAUGAAAGAAUUUUAAAAGAAUUAAAAGUAGAAAAUUUAGCGAAUUGGAUGAAGAUUGCAAAUAUUUAUCCUGUGCACAUAUUAGAAAACGAAAUUAUUGGUGCUACAUCUGUGUUAUUAAGCCCUGAGAUUUUACUUCAUUUCAAACUCACAAAAAACCACACAGACUUAUGGGUAAAGUCACAUAGCAAACUAUUGAAUGACAUGUUUUUAAAAUAUUGUAUUACAACAAUAUAGUUUUUACGAAAAUGUAUCUAUGUUGAGUUUUCAAAUUA